AUGGCGAAUGUAGCGGAGCGCCGGAUGCACGCAGAAAUCCACAGCUCAUUGGCAAGCGAAGUCGUUGAGACGUCGAACCGGAGCGCGCUGCUCCGUGAUUGGGUCGAAGAGCGCGUGCAGGAGAAUCACCCGCGCCCAGGCGUGCACAAUGUCGGGACCCUCGUGCGCAAUUGGGAUGAAGACUGGGUGGGCCCGAGCUUGGACGAAGAAGAGGCGCGUCGGCUGUGGUAUACGCCCGUGUUUUGUCCGCUUCCACUGGACUUCUCAAAUUUCGGGUACCGCCUCAGAUGUGUGGAGACGGGACGACGGCCUCGUCUGAUGGUGUGCAUCACCAUGUACAACGAAGAGCCAGAGCAGCUACAAGCGACGCUGACGAAACUCGCGAACAACUUGGCCUAUCUGAAAGAACAGCAGCUGACGGAGCCGUUGUCACGCAAGAGCAAUCCUCACGCACUAACGGGGCCGUUUGCUGGCGACAAUGUGUGGCAGAACGUGCUCAUUUGUAUCGUCGCCGACGGCCGCGGGCAGGUCAAUGGCAAGAUGCUCGAGUACUUGGAGUCUAUCGGCUUGUACGAUGAAGACCUCUUGACCAUCAAUAGCGCCGGCAUUGACACGCAAUGUCAUUUGUUCGAGCACACGCUGCAGCUCUCGGUGGAUGGCAAGUGUCUCUUGCCUCUUCAGACGGUGUUCGCUCUCAAGGAGCACAAGUCGAGCAAACUGGACUCGCACCGGUGGUACUUUGACGCGCUCGCCGAGCAGGUGCAGCCGGAGUAUACGGCUGUGAUGGACGUUGGCACGAUGUUGACGAAGUCUGCGCUCUAUCACGUGCUCUUUGCGAUGGAGCGCAAUCAACAGAUUGGUGGAGCUUGUGGACAUCUGACGGUGGACGAAGCGUUCGAAAAUCUGAGCAAUUGGGUCGUUUCAGCGCAGCAUUUCGAGUACAAGAUCUCGAAUAUCCUGGACAAGUCGCUGGAGAGUUGUUUUGGCUUCAUUAGUGUGUUACCAGGAGCGUUCUCUGCUUAUCGCUACGAAGCUAUUCGAGGAGCUCCACUGGAUGCGUAUUUUCUGCCGCUUAACGUUGAUUUGGAUGUUCUGGGACCUUUUCUCGGCAACAUGUACCUCGCUGAAGACAGAAUCUUGUCGUUUGAAGUUGUGGCACGGAAAGACUGCAGCUGGACGAUGCACUACGUCAAGGACGCGGUCGCUCGUACAGACGUCCCGCACAAUCUUGUCGGCCUGAUCUCGCAGCGGAAGCGCUGGCUCAAUGGCGCGUUCUUCGCCACGCUCUUCUGCAUUCGGAAUUGGGGUCGUAUCUACUCGGAGAGCUCACAUUCGUUCCCGAGGAAGAUGGCGUUCCUGGCGUUGUAUCUAUAUCAUCUGAUGCACACAGUGUUCGGCUUCUUCCUGCCAGCGACUUUGUACCUGGCGUUGUUCCUCAUUGUGUUCCAGGGCUUUCAGCAAAACCGUCUCGGGUUUGUCGACACUUCGGGGUAUUCUCAGACUGUACUGGACGGUGCAGUGUACUUGUACAACUUCGUCUACCUAUUUGGUCUGCUGAUGCUCAUCAUUAUUGGGAUGGGCAACAACCCAGAGCACAUGAAGUUCACGUACUAUUUCCUAGGUGCUGUGUUCGGCGGCUUGAUGAUGCUCUCGUCGCUUGUGGGCCUCGCCAUCUUUUUUACAUCACCGGCUACUGCCGGAUCGAUCGUCGUGUUGAUCCUUGCAGUGGGCGUGUACUUCGUUGGCCCAGCUCUUCACGGCGAGGUGCACCACAUCUUCAUGACGGCUCCGCAGUACAUGGUCUUGAUCCCAACCUUCCUGAACAUUGCGACCGUUUAUUCGUUUUGCAACUUGCACGAUUUGUCGUGGGGCACGAAAGGCCUGCAUGACUUGUCCUGGAGCACGAAAGACCAGCACAACGAUCCACUGCUGGUCUUACUGGAUGAGACGAAAAAGGGGGACUUGGAGGGCGCGAUUGCCAAGCGCCGUGCAAUGGAAGAGAGCCGUCGCAAGGAGAAAGUGCGUUCGGAGAACACGAAGAAGAGGUUUGAAGCGUUUCGCACCAAGAUCCUCCUCACCUGGGCGCUCUCCAACCUCGUUUUCGCGCUCGUCAUCGUGUACUUCACCAUUUCGUCGACGUACUUGCACGCGCUAUUCAUUUGCGCAGCCGGCAUCAACUCAUGCCGACUGCUCGGGUGUUUCGGUCACUUGGUUUACAUGCACGUGAUUCGUCUGCGUGAUCGUAUUUUUGACAAGACCGAGUAUGAGAACGGCACUGGGCGGUACGCACAGGACUCGUACGUGCAGCUUGAUGAGCACUAUGCUGCCCUUACAGAGGACCAGCGCGUUUCCUCUGCUGGACGUAUCAAUAUGUCCGCGCGUAGCAAUCAUGGCGUUUUCUCGGCCGCGUAA